AUGUUGUUAAAUCCAAUUAGUGCUGAUGCAUUCAAUGAUAUAAUUUAUGAAUCAGAAGAACAGCAAAAAAGUUUCAGUAUUAAACUUUGUGCUAUAAAGGAUGAUAAUGGACAAAACGUCAGAGUGAUAAAAUAUACUUUAAAGAAUAAACAAAAAGUUGUAAUUGAAAUCAUUAAUUAUGGUGCUACCGUUAUUUCCUGCUGGGUACCAAAUGCACUGGGCGAACUAGAAGAUGUUUUACUUGGUUUUGACUCAAUUGAAAACUACAGGUUACAGAAAACACACUCCAUUGGUGGUACAUUAGGCGGAGUAACAGAUUAUAUUAGUAAUGGUCAUCUCGAAAACGACAAUGGUGAAAAAGGAUUUGAUAAGGUCAUGUGGGACGGGUAUCUGGUGGAUGAUGAACUGGUAUUAACAUAUUCGAGUAAAGAUGGUGAAGAAGGCUAUCCAGGAACAUUUGAAGCUCGGACAACAUUUCGUUUGACUUGCAAAAAUGAAUUAGUUGUAAACUAUGUUGGUAUGACAUCAAAAUCAACUCCAGUAAAUAUGGCCUCAAAUAUGUUCUUCAAUUUAGCUGGACAAGAACAAACACUCCAAGUUUAA